AUGUCUAUCAUGGGAUAUUCAGAUCUUUGCUUAGGUACACAAGUGACCUUCACCACUCCCUCGCCUCAGAAGUGGGUUCUCGAGGAGAAGCUCACCGAGGAUUUCCAAAGAAUGACCAACCGUGAACUUGAGAUGGGUGGUGGACCUUCCUUCGCCGUGUCCAAGUACCUCUGCUACAGUGCGACAGACAAUAGCAAGAAGGCAUUUAUGAGAAUUUACUUUCAGAUUCCCAACCCCGGAACAGAGUCCCAGCUCCCCCGGCUUCGACAACAACAGGCAGCGCCACCGCGUGAGCAUUUAGAGCCACAAGCUUUGAAGGAUCUUAGUGAACAACACUGUACUGUGGUCCCAGCUCUCCUCGCCUACAAAGAAGGAAAGCAAGGUAAUGAUGGCGUGGUUCCAGACGGCUAUAUAACAUAUAUUGUGUGGGAAAUGGUUAACGGGAAGCCACUUGAUACGGAUCAGUUCUGGAGGCCUGAAUCGGCGCGGUUACGCGAGGCCGUCCGCAAGAAGUUCCGCCAUAUGUGGGAGUAUAUUUACAGAAUCCCCUUUAGCGUGUUAAGAGUGAAACUGACAAACCUAAGAGAGUUGAAGCAUCAUGGAUGGCAGCCGGGGCUCCCUCUUUUGCAGAAGAUUAUCUACGACGAGUCAACCGGGGAUAUGUAUGUGACAUACGAUAUACCCCAUUACAAAGCGGAAUAUGCUAAAUACCUAUCUUUAGGCACAUUGCAGGUUUCCGAGACCCCGACCGCUUCGAUCCCGGCGAAAAGUUUUCCGACAUGA